UGCAUGCGUUUUGAUACAGAUUCAGACGUAUUUCUGCUUUUUUCAAGUUCCCAGGGACAAAGAAAAAAAAAUGCAUGCGAGAUAUAUCAGCAUAUUACUCAUGGGGAAAAGGUUCAGACAACUUGAGAGACUUAAUCCAGUUCAACGGGGGGGAAAAAAAACGGGAAAAAGUCGAGCAUCUCGAAGUUUUACUCCUCGUGAGUAGUUAACCUGUAAGCCAAUGGUUAAUCUUCUGAAGGGGUAGAACAACAGCAAAGAUAAAGUGGAGUCGGCUUUUUAAAAGUUUCAUUAGCAGCCUGUGUCCAAACUUGAAAGUCAACCAAGAGGGGAAUUCGUUUUUUUUGAAAUGGAAGCAGUCCUGGCAUUCGCCAAGAAACUGUGGUGCGUCCGAAAACAACUAUUGAUUAUUCUCACGCCACUUCUUCUUCUCCCGGUACUUUUCGCUCUGCCACCAAAGGAGGGGAAAUGCCUGUACGUGGUGCUGCUGAUGGCCGUGUUCUGGUGCACGGAGGCCCUCCCAUUGGCCGUGACUGCCCUACUGCCUAUCUGCCUCUUCCCCACCAUGGGAAUCCUGCCGUCAAAAACAGUCUGCCCCCGCUACUUUCUUGAGACUAACUUUCUCUUUUUCAGCGGAUUGGUGAUGGCAUCCGCCAUCGAGGAGUGGAACCUGCAUCGCAGAAUUGCCUUGAAGGUUCUGCUGAUUGUUGGAGUAAAGCCGGCUUGGCUGAUCAUGGGCAUGAUGAUCACCUCCUCCUUCCUGUCCAUGUGGCUCAGCAACACGGCCACCACUGCCAUGAUGCUGCCCAUCGCAAACGCCAUCCUGGAGAGCCUUUUUGGGGACCUGCAGAAACUGAAGGAAAACUGCAAACUCCAGGAUGAGCCGGAUGGUCUAUCACAAGUAAAGCUGCAUUCCCUGACCUCUGAAAAGCAAAUGUUGACAAUAGAUGACAGGAGGGAUGGACUGGAGCAGUCGGAUGGGAGGACUCCGGCUGAAAUCAGGGCAGAGUCGGAGUAUCAGAUGAAGGUGUGGAAGGGCUUCCUGAUUUGCAUCCCCUAUGCGGCCAGCAUCGGGGGGACGGCCACUCUGACCGGAACCGCCCCAAACCUCAUCCUAGUGGGUCAGCUUAAAAGCUACUUUCCAGAUUGUGAUCUCAUCAACUUUGGCUCCUGGUUCGUCUUUGCGUUCCCCCUCAUGGUGCUGUUUCUUCUCCUGGGCUGGAUAUGGAUUUCUUUUCUUUACGGGGGACUGAACACAAGGCUGUGUGUGAGGAAACAGGACCAGCGAGCGGCCGCAGAGGCCAAAGCCACGGCCAUCAUUGAGGAAGACUAUAAAAAACUGGGCCCGAUCAACUUUGCUGAAGGAUCCAUUGCAUUUUUUUUCAUUGUCUUCGCCAUUCUCCUUUUCACCAGAGACCCAAAAUUUUUCCCAGGAUGGUCCAUAUUUUUCCAAAAGGGGUAUGUGUCAGAUGCCGUCACUGGUGUUGUCAUAGUCUCCAUACUGUUCUUCUUCCCUUCCCAAAGGCCCUCGCUCAACUGGUGGUUUGAUUUUCGAUCACCAAACACUCAGUAUGUCCCACUGCUGUCGUGGAAAAAAGCACAGGACUGCGUCCCUUGGAACAUCAUCCUGCUGCUUGGUGGUGGAUUUGCAAUGGCGAAAGGAUGUGAGGAAUCAGGAUUAGCCUCCUGGAUCGGCAAACAUCUCCAUCCGCUGGCGGGAGUCCCUCCUGGAGUGGCUGUCAUUCUGAUUACCGCCUUUGUCGCCUGCUUCACUGAGUUCGCCAGCAACACUGCCACCAUCAUCAUAUUCCUGCCAGUCAUAGCAGAGCUGGCAUUGCAUGUUCACGUGAACCCCCUGUACUUUAUGAUACCUGCUACAGUUGGAUGCUCCUUUGCCUUCAUGUUACCAGUCUCCACCCCACCCAACUCCAUUGCCUUUGCAUCUGGCCAUCUUAUGGUGAAAGACAUGGUGAAGACUGGAUUUGUGAUGAACAUCCUGGGCAUACUGGCAGUGUCUCUGGCCAUGAACACUUGGGGAAUGCAUAUGUUCAGUCUGUCCACUUUCCCGGCCUGGGCCCGUCCUCAUAACACAACCAGCGCCGUCACAGACCCACGUAACCUCACCGUCACAAACUUCAACGUCACCGUGUGAAGCGGGAAAGGCUCCCCAGGCUCCCCCAAUCAAAGGUGCAAAUUGAAGUACUAUGUUUUUAAUGUUUAGUAU